GCACUAGUAGCAAUUUUUAUUUUCCCCUGUAAUUUUAACAGAUAUUUGAAAAUAACAAUAACAAGCUAUUAUUAUUAUUUACAAAUAUAGUAACUAUUUCGCCCAUCGCUAUUAUAGGGAGCGUCGUAAUCGAUUCCCAUUUCCUCUCCAGAGCUUCGUAUCAACUGUUUGCGAGGUACUAUUGGCAGAUAUUUAUGAAAGAACUUAUACGAUUGGUUCUUUGUUUCCGUGAUACUCCAAAAUCAGCCAAUAAUCACAUAUUUAUAUUCGAAAACGAGAUCAAAAAAUUCACGUGGUUAAAAGAAGGAAGAAAGUCGCACAAACUGUAAUAUUUUAGAAUGUGAUAUCUGUGCAUUUCUUUUUAAUUAACGUGUAUGAAAUAAUCACAAUAAAUUUGUAUAUAAAGUAGUUUUAAAUAUUAUAAUUGUAUAUUUUUUAUAUAAUAUUUGAUAUAAAUAAAAUUAGAUUGCACAAAUGGCAAGUAGCGGAUAUAACCUUAGAGCAAUAAAACAGGUAAAUACUUGUGAAAAAAUAAAGAAUGUUAGGUCCAAGUUUCUGACUAAAUCGAAAAAUUUAAAAGUAGGUGAGAAAUUUUCCCAACUGGAAGAAAAGAACGAUAACAUAAAAUCACACGAAUUAAAAAAUUCGAAGAAACGAAAAUUAGAGAAGAAUAAUUCUACAAAAAAAGUUUUAAAAGUUGAAAAACGAACAGAAAAGACAUCUUUGAAAUCGGAUUUAAAUAGUUCACUACAAAGUGAUCUUGUCAAAUUAGAAAGAAAGAGCACUUCUAAAACAGUCGGGAAGAGACCCGUUGGAAGACCUAAAUCCAAUCAUUUAAAUUCUGCAAAUCAAAAACUAAAGCACAAAGGAAGAUGUGACAUUUUAACUUCAUCAGUAGACAGCGCAUGCAAAAAAACUACAAAAUCAAAAAGUAAACUUUUGACGGGAAAGCAGAAACUAAAAAUGAAGUCCAUUCAACCUUUAAUAAGUAAAGAAUCCUCGGUACCAUUUGUAAAACCCAGUGAAGAAAAGUUUGUUGGAGCCCAUGUUUCUAUAUCUGGUGGCAUAUAUAAAGCUGUAACAAAUGCAAUUUCUAUUGGAGCAAAGUCAUUUGGUCUAUUCCUUCGAUCCCAAAGGCAGUGGAUUGGAAAACCAUUAUCUUCUGAAGCAGCAAAAUUAUUUCAGGAGGCUUGUAAAAUUCAUAACUUUGCAUCCCAUUUGAUAAUUCCUCAUGGAUCUUACUUACUCAACUGUGGAUCUCCAAAUCAAGAGAUUCUUGACAAAAGUCGUGCAGCUUUAAUUGAUGAGUUGAAACGUUGUGAAAUGUUAGGAUUAACAUUAUUUAAUUUUCAUCCAGGAUCUACAUGUGGAUUAAUUUCAACUGAAGAAUGUAUUCAAAAGAUUGCUGAAAGUAUUAACAUAGCACAUAAGCAAACAAAUAAUGUUACAACAGUUAUAGAAAACAUGAGUAAACAAGGGAAUACUGUGGGAGGUGAUUUUAGAGAAUUGCGAGCUAUCAUUGAUCUUGUUGAAGAUAAGUCACGAAUUGGUGUCUGCUUGGAUACAUGUCAUGCUUUUGCAGCUGGAUAUAAUUUAUCAAAUGAAGAAGGUUUCAAUGAAAUGAUGUCAGAUUUUGAAACUAUUGUUGGAAUGGAAUAUUUAAAAGCUGUUCAUCUCAAUGACUCUGUUGGUAAAUUAGGAUGUCACUUGGAUAGACACGAAAAUAUUGGACGUGGUCAUAUUGGCAUAAAUGGAUUUAAAUUAAUAAUGAACGAUGCUCGUUUUAACAAUCUUCCUCUCAUAUUGGAAACACCGGCCAAUCUCGACGACGAAGAUGAAAUUAAAAUAUUAUAUGGUUUAUGUGAUAUGUAAAUAUGCUAAAUAGAAUAAGAGUUACACUUAAAAGUUUAAAAGAUAUAUUUUUGUCAAAAUGUAAACAUUUGAAUGAUUUGCUUUAUUCAUUAUAUUUAAUGUGAUUUGUGACUUAUAGGAAUUUCAUUCAAUGUAAUUGGAAAAUUUGAAAAAGUUAAUUUUUCAAAUGAAGUUCUCUGACUUAGACUAAACAACUGAAAGGCAAAUUUAUUUGAAAUAAAAAUAUCAAAAUCAUUUUCUAAGUAAGAUCUUUGAAUAUUUGUAGAUUGUUUGCAUUCAAAACUUGAGAAAUAAUAUAAUUAGUUAAAAGAUCUAUAUCUUAAUUCUACAUUUUAACAAAUAGUAUUUAAGAAGACUUAAGUUUGUUUUAAAGCAAUGAAAAAAGGAUCAUCAUCAUAUAAGAAUUUUAUAAUUCAAUCUCACUAUUAGUAAUUUCAUAUUUCCUAUUUAUCCCCUAAAAAUUAAAGUUUUUUUUUAAAUGUAAAACUUAUAUUAAGU